AUGAACUGGCUGAAAUCUACGUUGGCCAGCGUCGCCGGCACCCAAGAGCCCAUCUAUGGACCCGCUGCGAUCCAAUCUGUUGCGGAACAAACAACCCCGUACACGGUGCUAACAAAGGAUGAUCUGAAAUGGAAGGCCAUGCAAUCUACCUGCGUGGAGACCCAGACUUUCUACUUUUUGUCUGACAAGGGCCACAUCGCGAUGGUUCAGGUCAUCUACAGCAAUGUCGCUGGUCUUCACACGACAUGCCAAUUCAACACGAAAAUUUACUCCACUGAUGAGGAGAAGCCCCACCUUUGGCACACGGACCCGGUUGAGAACUAUCUGUUCGACGAGGACAUGCUUUCGUUUGGCGGGGACAACAUUGCAGUAACUCUAAACGAAGAAGGGACGGCAUAUACCAUUAAAUCUGCUUUGAACGAGAAAAGCCUGAUCAACCUUACGGUGACCAGGGCGUCUCCAGGUUUUUUUGCGGGGAAGAAUGGUACUUCCAACUUCGGCACCGACCCCGAGCGACCGUGGGGUAGCAUGCGCCAUGCAUUUUGGCCUCAGUGCAAGGUUGAAGGGUCAAUUAUAACGCCUGAUGGCGAAAUUGACUUUGCUGGAAGAGGUUUCUUCGUGCAUGCGUUGCAGGGAAUGAAACCACAUCACUUGGCGACGCGAUGGAACUUUGCCAACUUCCAGAGCGCGAAGUACUCCGCCAUGAUCAUGGAGUAUACCACCCCGCCGUCGUACGGAUCGACGGUCGUGAACGUCGGCGCCGUCGUCAAGGACGGAGAAAUCAUCUACGCGGGGACGUCCAACACGGCGUCGCAUGAGAAGUCCACGCACGACUCCGACAACGACUGGCCCGAGCCCAGCCACAUCAAGUUCACGUGGGCCGGCACGACGCGGGAUGGCAAGGAGUUCAGCGCGCUGCUGGAGAGCUCCCUUGGGCCUCGGCUCGACAGGAUAGAUGUCAUGGCCGAAGUGCCGGGCAUUAUCAAGUCGAUCGUCGGCAGUGUGGCGGGCACGAAGCCUUAUAUCUACCAGUUUUCCCCUCAGGAGAAGGUACACUUGAAUAUUAAGAUCGGAGACGAGGAGAUUGUCGAAGAAGGCACUCUCUACCUCGAAGCGACGUUUAUAUCCUAG